GCCAUGUGAGAGCUGAGCUGGGAUGGAGCAUGACUCACGCACCCCGUGGGAAUUCAAUGGCUCCUUCUAUCAGCCUUCAGCUUUCCUCAUGAUGGGCAUCCCGGGCCUGGAGGCCCUUCACCCCUGGAUCUCCAUCCCUUUCUGUGCCCUGUACCUCUCUGCUCUGCUGGGGAACUGCGUGAUCCUGUUCAUCGUCAGGAGGACCCCGAGCCUGCACGAGCCCAUGUACUAUUUCCUGUGCAUGCUGGCCCUCACGGACCUGGGGCUGGCCCUGUGCACCCUGCCCACCACCCUGGGCCUCUUCUGGUUCGGCGCGCGCCGCAUCGGCUUCGACGCCUGCCUCACGCAGAUGUACUUCAUCCACAUCCUGUCCUUCAUCGAGUCCUCCGUGCUGCUGGCCAUGGCCUUCGACCGCUUCAUGGCCAUCUCGCACCCGCUGCGGCACCCGGCCAUCCUCACCAGGAGCACCGUGCUGAAGAUAGGCCUGGCCAUCGUGCUCAGGGGCAUGCUCUCGCUGCUGCCCAUCCCCUUCCUGCUCAAGAGGCUGACCUACUGCGGCAGGACCGAGCUGUCCCACUCCUUCUGCUUCCACCCCGACAUCAUGAACCUGGCCUGCGCAGACAUAAAGGUCAACGUCUUCUACGGCAUGAUCAUCCUCCUGUCCACGGUGGGCACGGACUUCAUCUUCAUCGUGCUGUCCUACAUCCUCAUCCUCAGAACCGUCGUCAGCCUCACCACCAGGGAGGAGUGCCUGAAGGCUCUGAACACCUGUGUGUCCCACAUCUGUGCUGUCCUCGUGUUCUUCAUCCCCAUGAUCGGGCUGUCCAUGAUCCAUCGCUUCGGGAAGAACGUUCCUCCCCUGGUGAACACCUUGGUGGCCUACACCUACCUCAUCAUCCCCCCUGCCCUCAACCCUGUCAUCUACAGCAUCAAAUCCACCCACAUCCGGGAGGCUCUGCUCAGGGCCCUGUGCAGAAAGCGGGGCUCUCACUGGUAG